GGCGACACCGCGUCCAUGGCCACCGCGGCGGCUCCAUCAUCCUUGGCUCUCAAGGCCUCGAGCCUGGCCGCGGCCCCCGGCUCGCACGGGGUCUUCUGCAAGGGGCCCUCUCGCACCCUCCUCGCCUUCUUCGAGCUGGCCUGGCAGCUGCGCAUGAACUUCCCGUACUUCUACAUCGCGGGCUCCGUGGUCCUCAACAUCCGCUUGCAGGUACACUUUUAGAGCCCUGAGGAAGCCACCGGCAUCCCGGGCCU